AUGCCUCCUAAGAGGGGCGGCGAUGCUCCGAUGAGUGAGUUUGAGCGAAAGCGCUUAGCAAACAUAGAGGCAAACAGGAAGGUUCUUGACGACGUCGCGGUCAUCGCUAAGAAAGUUGCACCGACGCCGCCGAAGCGAACUACCCCUUCGCGACCAAAGACCCGGACGCCUGUUAAACGAGACACACCGAAGCCUACUCGACAAAGUUCCCGUCUAGCAGGUAUCGACGCUGACAAUGACACGCUCAAGAGGAAGCUCGAGGUCGAAGCCGAGGUUGUAGCGCAGGAAGCCAAAGCUAAAAAGUUGCGAGUGAACGGAGACCUAAGCCUGGACGACAUCUCCGUUGAGGGCAAGAAAUGGUCAGCCGGAGUGGACGGGAUCAGGGGUCUUGUCCGCGGCGCGCAACCUGGUGUGCGAACUUUCACGGAAGAUGAUGUGAAAGAAACAACAGACAAGGGACUGAAGGAGCUUCGCGAGCGCAUAGGUGAUCUCCAGCUUUACGAACACUGGGCACCAAAUGAAAUCAAGAUCACGCCCCAACGAGUCUAUGCCCUUGGUUUUCAUCCGAUCGAAGAGAAGCCUCUUAUCUUUGCCGGUGAUAAAGAGGGUAACAUGGGCAUUUUCGAUGCUUCUCAGACUGCCCCGGAAGUCGACGACGAAGACGAGGAUGCGGUUGUACCGGACCCCGUUAUUUCUGCCUUUAAAACACAUAGUCGCACCAUCACCUCAUUCAUAUUCCCAUAUAACGAUGCGAACUCGGUCUAUACAUCAAGCUACGACUCCUCUAUCCGAAAACUCGAUCUAAACAAGGGGACUUCUGUGCAGGUGUGGGCGCCGUCAGACCCCGAUGACGAGUUGCCUCUCUCUGCGCUCGACAUGGCUGACUCGAAGCCUAACAUGCUUUACUUCUCCACUCUUGACGGCUCUGUUGGGCAGUAUGACACUCGUACCAGAGACGCUGAACUAUGGUCACUGUCGGCACAAAAAGUUGGUGGAUUCUCUAUUCACCCUCUUCAACCCCAUCUCCUGGCGACCGCUUCUCUUGAUCGCACCCUCAAGAUCUGGGAUAUGCGCAAAAUCACGGGCAAGGGCGAUCUUCGACACCCUGCACUUCUUGGUGAAGACGAGUCUCGACUAUCGGUCUCUCACGCCUCUUGGAGCGCGGGUGGACAUAUAGCCACUAGUUCCUACGACGACACCAUCAAGAUCUAUGACUUCUCUGAGGCGUCGUCCUGGAAGACUGGACAGGACAUCACUGUGGAACCUACUCACAAGGUGCACCACAACAAUCAGACCGGUCGGUGGGUAACCAUUCUCAAGCCCCAAUGGCAGAGGAGACCGCAGGAUGGCAUUCAGAAGUUUGUUAUUGGCAACAUGAAUCGCUUCGUCGACGUUUUCGCUGCAGAUGGCAGUCAGCUUGGCCAGCUUGACGGUGACGGCAUCACAGCAGUGCCAGCUGUGGCCCAUUUCCAUCCUUCACAGAAUUGGGUUGCCGGAGCGACAUCGAGUGGUAAGCUUUGCUUCUGGCAGUAG